AUAAUUAGUACAUGUACCAAUUAAUCUUUUUACAAAAUGACGACCAUGAUGACCACCGUUAGAAACAAGACAUUUUCCGGUGUCGGAAACCUAAUAAAGCUCCUCCCAACCGGCACCGUCUUCACAUUUCAAUUCUUGAACCCGGUGUUGACCAAUAGAGGCAACUGUACAACCGUCAACAGGUACCUCACAUCCGCCCUCAUCACCGUGUGUGGCCUUUCUUGCAUCUUUUCGUCCUUCACCGAUAGCUACGAAGAUGAAGAUGGAACCAUCCAUUAUGGAAUCGCUACCCCUAAAGGCUUUUGGCCAUCUCCUACAUCAUCUUCAGUGGAUGUUUCCAACUACAAGCUUCGGAUCGGAGACUUAGUGCAUGCAACUUUCACGGUGGUGGUUUUCGCGGUUGUGGCUUUGUUGGAUGAGAAUACGGUGGAGUGUUUGUACCCAUCGUUUGAGACGAAUGAGAAGAUGUUGAUGAUGGUGGUGCCACCGGUGAUUGGAGCUGUUUCAUCGACGGUGUUUAUGGUUUUCCCAAAUACACGCCACGGAAUUGGGUACCCAGCGACAAGCCAAAGCCAGGAGGAGAAGGCGUGACACAUAUGAACCAUGCAUGUAUAUGUAUAUAUAUGUCGUUCGAAAUAAUAUACCGUUUUUCUGUUUUGAUUUCAAAUGUAACAUAUUUUCGAAAUUGAUGAUGAAUGUAUUUGAUAUGUAACAAGAAUGAAAUGAUAUACGAGUAUUAAAAUUUUUUAAUGACCAUA